AUACCGACAAUAAAGCUAAACAAUGGUCGGGAGAUGCCUGUGGAGGGGUACGGGUGCUGGAAGAUAAACUACGACAGGGUCUGGUCGUUGGGCUCGUGGCUGUUCAACGACGACAACCGGGCCGGUCAGGUGGUACUGCAGGCCAUACGCGCCGGCUAUCGAUACAUAGACAGCGCCUACUUCUACAACGUCGAGAAGGGUGUCGGACACGCGUUGAGGUAUGCCUUCCGGACGGGUAUUGUCAAGCGGGAGGACAUGUUUAUCGCCACCAAAAUCUGGAAUAACUUCCACCGAAGGGAUCGCGUGGUUGAGGGUAUUAGGAGGUCGUUGAGGGACAUGGGUCUGGAUUAUGUUGACCUGGCUAUCAUUCACUGGCCGAUGGGUUUCGAGGACGGGGAUGACGUGUUUCCCAUGUAUUGGAACUUAUCUAACGUUCCCCGGGAGUGGUCUCGCAAUGGGUUUGUGGAGACCUGGCAGGGGAUGACCGACGCCCUCGACAUGGGUUUAGCCAAAUCGAUAGGUGUUUCCAAUUUUAAUAUAAAACAGUUGAAGGUUUUGAUGGACAGCUCCAAGAUUAAACCGGUGGUCAAUCAGGUGGAGUGCAAUCCAUACUACAACCAAAACAAAAUGUUGGAGUUUUGUCAGCAAAACAAUAUAGUGAUGACCGCAUACUCGCCCCUCAGACAGGGCUACGACUUGCUGGACGACCCCAACCUGAGACGCAUAGCCCGUAGACAUAACAAAACCGCGGCUCAGGUAGCCUUGCGUUGGAAUAUACAGAGGGGAGUGGCGGUCAUACCAAAGUCAGAGCGCCGGCGGCGGAUGAAUGAAAAUAUUAAUGUGUUUGACUUCGAGCUCCGGGAUGAUGAGAUGAAAGCAAUUGAUUUGUUGCGACAAAUGCCGAAACUAUUGACUUUUGGCACCACUAGGAGUCACCCGGACUACCCGUUUCACGAUUCCUAUUGA